UGCUUGGUACUGAUCGGAUAUAAGUCUAGCUUAAAUCCGCUUUUCUCGAUUACACAAUCUCGUCAUGAGCGGCUCGCUUCCAAGCAACUCCACUUGCAUGAUUCCAACACAAUCGCGCACCAUUCUCAUCAUCGUUGUUAUGACCCUAUUAGCUGCUACAGCAAAGCGAUUUUCUUCAGCAUUCACAUCUAGAUCUAUUGCCAAACCAAAAACGUCACGCGCCAUGCACGUCCAAUCCAUUCCGAUGUGGGAGGGCACGGGGAACAAUUACGCAUAUCUGGUCACCGACGACAAGUCUAAAGAAGCAGUUGUCAUUGACCCUGCCAACCCGCCAGAAGUACUUCCCGUGUUGAAUGAGAAAACCGAAAGCGGUGCAAUCAAGUUGACAAAGAUCAUCAAUACCCACCACCAUCAUGAUCACGCUGGAGGCAAUGUCGAAAUCCUCAAGCACUUUAACCUGCCCAUCGUUGGCGGCAAAGACUGCACCGAAGUGACCACCACCCCGGACCACAAAUCACAGUUCACAAUCGGCGAGAGCAUCAAGGUAACUGCUCUCCACACACCCUGCCACACCCAGGACAGCAUCUGUUAUUUCUUCGAGGAUGGCUCUGAACGCGUCGUUUUUACCGGUGAUACCCUCUUCAUCGGUGGCUGCGGGCGUUUCUUCGAAGGCAACGCCACGGAAAUGCACAAAGCGCUCAACGAAACACUUGCUGCUCUCCCAGAUGACACCAAAGUGUAUCCUGGACACGAGUACACGAAGGGCAACGUGCGAUUUGCGAAGAAAGUUUUGGACGACGAGGCUAUCAGGAAGUUGGAUGAGUAUAGCCAAGCGAACAAGGAGACCCAGGGGAAGUUCACCAUUGGUGAUGAGAAGAAACACAAUGUCUUCAUGCGUGUCAACGAUAAGAACAUUCAUGACUUGGUUGGCCAGACUGAGCCGGUGGCAGUCAUGAAAGCUCUGCGAGAGAUGAAGGAUCGAUCUUAG